ACUCCUGUGUAAUGCCUGUCAGUCAGUCAGCAGGGCAAGAAUACCAAAAUUCAACCAAACUGCUGUAACUGAGAGCUGAUAAAAAGCCACUGCUAUUUCAUAAUCUUCACAUGGUGUUUAUCCAUCUGUGUUUACUGGGGCACUAAUGUUAACCGGGGCUGGAGUCCGUUUAACGUUUCGUUAGUUUGUUUAUUGGACUAAAUCCAAAGUGGCAGAAACUAGAGAAUGAUCUGCAUAUUCGUGUCUUCUUCCUGAGUGACACCAUGGCAACAGAGGGGGAGCCCACAGACUUGGUCAAAGUGCUGCACCUCCUGGUGCUCUCUUUCUCCUGGGGUAUGCAGGUCUGGGUCUCCUUCAUAGCAGGUUUUGCAUUGGUGUUGCAGGUAAGUCGGCAUACCUUUGGCCUGGUGCAGAGUAAGCUCUUCCCUGUGUACUUCUACUGCCUUCUGGGUAGCAACGUAGUAAGCCUGGCUGUUUUUGCUGUGUACCACCCCAGGGAGCUGCUGGACUGGCAUGAAAGUGUGCAGAUGGUUUUGUACUUUGUGGCACUGAUCAUGGCGGGCCUGAAUGCCCAGUGGUUCGGCCCAACGGCCACUGAGGUGAUGUUCCAGAUGAGGGAAGUGGAGAAGGAGCAUGACCUGGGGAACCAGAUUGGCUUGGGCAGCCAGAAAGAGGCUUAUGCUAAACUCAAAGAGCAGGACCCCAAGUACAGAGCCUACAAGCGCACGUUUGGCUGCUACCACGGGUUGUCCAACCUCUGCAACCUGAUAGGAUUCAUCUGCACCUCAACUAAUUUGAUCUACACAGCUCUGAAUUUAUCCACCAUUUAGAGAAGAGUAGGUUUAAAUCUAGUAUCUGUGGACUUGAGUUAAAUAUACCCACAAAUUAAAGUAUAAGUGAAUCCCUGCUACAGCUUUCCCAAGUGUCCUUAUGAGGGAGGAUGCCUUUGUUGCCAUUGAGAUUCCAAAAGAACCCCCCAUUGCUAUUCACUCUUAUCGAGAAGGAUCUAGCUCUAGAUCAUCAGGAUAUAAUAGCAUGCGUCAGUUUGAAUAAGCCACACGACCUCCACCAACAACACCAAGGUAAACAAUACAACCUUAUAUUCUGAUGCAACCAUAACUUAUAAAGUUAUAAUACAGUGACAUGCAAACAUUAUUUACUGGUAAGAAGCUUAACAAACGUGUAUGAUUUUACAGCUUAACACAGAAUAACACAUAUUACACCAUGGGUCCUGGAGAUGGUGGGCUCGACCUGGAGCCCUUCAGCUUUUGCUUUAACUGGUUGUCAGUUCAGCACUUUCCCUACUGUCAAUCAAUAUCUAAUUAAGGCUGCACAAAAUAGGAUGGUUUUUUUGUAUUUGUUUUUGAUUACAUUGCUCAUGAUUGUAACUUUUCAUUUAAAAACACAUAAAUGUUAUCACCAAACCAUAGAGCUGUGUGGGAAAUGUCUUGCUUCCCCAGCAGGGGGCGAUGUUUAGACACAAUUGUAUUCAGUGAAAGUUUGUUGCUGAGCACAGAAUAGAUUAGUUGUGCAUUUCAUUUGUAAAAAAUAUUGUAUUUCUAGAUAUUUUAAUGAAAUUGUUAAAUGUGCCAAUGCUGUUGAACUAACACUGUGAUUGGGAGAUUAAACGGCGUGCUGUUAAUAUUCUCUCAUGUGCGUCCACUGUUAUUUAUUUAAACAUGUACUGGUCUGUCAGCUUUGUAUGCUCUAAAACCAAACACUUGUUUUAUUGCAAUGGUUUGGAAAGACGCUGUGCUUUAAUCCUAAUAGAUUCACAUUGAUGAGGGAACCCAGACCCAACAGACAGUGCCUGGAUUUGGAAUAGGCAGCUUUUUAUUUAAUUACCAAUGACGCACAUCAGGUUUUGAGAGGACCAGCCUUGAAAACAAAGAACACUGCUUUGCUGGCCAGCUACAGGAUGAGAGUAGCUCUGUCCUUGUUACAGCUACAAUAUCAGCACUAAUGGAUUAUAAUGGUAAUAAUUGAUAAUGAUAAUAAUUAUUCAUGUUUGCCUUUUUUUAAAGAUGUUUUCAAUAAUAAUUUAAUGAGAUUCUUUUAUUGCUUUCUAGUUCAUUAAAAUACAGUAUGCCGUUUGUGUUAUCUUGCUGACAUUGUGUGUUAGUGCCUUGUUGUCAGUUUGGAGAUUGUACAAGGAAGUUGGUCCAAAUGUCUACACAUUUUGAAACCCUCAGUGACUUUACUGGGUCUUUCCUGUCAAGCUGCCCCAGUAGCAUCAGGAAAUAAAGUAAACCUUGUUUAACCAAAGAACAAGUUUAUCCACUAAUCGCUUCAUGCCAUGGCCUGGGAGAAAGUUCAAGUGAAACGUUUACUUCCUGCAUACAGUUUGAGAAGUGGAAGGAAUGUUGGUAUGAAUAACCCCAUAACAACUAUACACAGUAUAGUAAUGAGUAGAUCUGGACUGUUGAAAUACUAUUUAAGAAGGGCCAGAUUUGAAAAAAAGUGAAGUGCCAAGGGUUGUUUUAAUAAACACAAUGUUGCAUUGAA